ACAAGACAAGACAAAGACAGAGAGAAAGAGCAAAAUUCAAAACUACAUCUUCCAAUCUCUUUGGAUGAUGGGUCGUCUACCAAUCGCGAUGCUUCUCUGUGGACUGCAAGUUUUUAUACUAGGAGCUGUCUACAGUCAAGAUAUUGAUAUAGAUCUAAACGCAGGACCAUAUCCAACAGACACCACCGAUGAUUCGCUGACACCAGAUUGUCGAGAGGAACAGUAUCCCUGCACCAGGAUGUACUCCAUCCAUCACCCCAUGAAACAGUGCCUCCAUUCACUCUGCUUCUACAGCCUGCGACGUGUGUACGUGGUGAACAAAGAGAUCUGCAUUCGGAUUGUCUGUCUGCAGGAGGAGAUUAUGAAAGCUGAAUUGUGUCGUGAGAAGUCUGGCUGGCCACGCAGAAUUCAAAGGUCAACCAAGACCUGUCGUCAUCAUGAGCUGCUGAACUGGAAACGCUCAUGAAGAUCAACAGCUUAAAAGACAGAUAAAGUGGACGAGACCAAGCAAACGUUUUCCUAAAAGAGUCUAUACUCUGAGCUCUCCAGCAUUUAAAACUCUCAGCACCUUAUUGAACACUGAAACAUUACUCUUGUAAUUAAUUUAGUAUCUAUCUUUAGCAAUUUUGGACACCAGUUUAUAUAUUAUCUAUAUAUUUUAUCACAAUAAAACAAUCACUUGGACAGCAGCCAUUUGGACAUUUAAAAACAAACAUAUGUUUGUGUAUCUGGUCGACGUACUUGUCUCAUAUAGUCAGAAUCUAGUGACGACAACAUUUUCUGAGCACCACCAGGACUAUACGCUCCGUUCAGAGCGCUCUCGCCACUACUAACACCUGAAUACAUUAAUAGACUCCUCAGAAAAUCACAUUUUACUUAAUUUUUCAUUUGUGCUUCUACAUCUAUAGCCAAAAGUUUUGCAGCACCCAUAUAUCUUGAAAUACUAAAAGAUGACAAACUUUUCAACUAGACGUUUUCUUUUCAAUAUCUUUAAAAUAAGGCGUCCAGUCUAAACAUUUGUCAUUGAAUUUUAGUUUCUUUUAGUAUUCUAUAUUCAGCACUAUUGAAUGUUUAAUAGUUAUAGAUGAUACUUUUACAUAUCUUAAGACUGAGUGCUAUAGUUGUGGAAGAUAAGCACUUAAAGUUACCAUUCUCAGCUUUCUAUAAUGCUGAAGUAGAAUUAUCUUUAAAAAGAAAUGUAUU